UAUAAUAUGCUUUAUGCUGAAAAUCGUAGUUUGGUACGCCAUAUUUGUAAUUGUGCAUUUUUCAAGUUUGGUAGAUAUAAUUAAUAAUUUAUUGAAAAAUGUCUCAAAGGUUUGGUCCUAACCAACCAGGCCAAGCAUCGGUCGCUGGGCAGCCAAGAUAUCAACCACCUCAGACUGCAGCAAUGCGUCCUUAUGCGGCAUCAAAUUUUCCUCAAAGAGGUUUCCCAAUGCAUCCAAGCCCAACUCCACCAGUUACAAAUAAUUCGAAUUCGCCAAUUGGACCGCCUUUACAUCAACGUGCAUCUCAGCCUGGAUUUCAGAGUGGUUUGCGUGGAUCGGGUGGUGGCGGUGGCAGUAAGCGAUCAACGGAAGCGCGAAAUCUUAGUAAUGCUCAGAACAAAGGGGAAUUUGUGUCAGUUAAAAAGAAGAAGAAGUUGGCAGAUAAGAUUUUACCACAAAAAGUUCGUGAUUUAGUGCCCGAAUCGCAGGCAUAUAUGGAUCUCUUAACUUUUGAGCGAAAGCUAGAUGCUACAAUUAUGCGUAAAAGACUUGAUAUUCAGGAGGCUUUGAAACGGCCAAUGAAGCAAAAAAGAAAACUACGUAUAUUUAUAUCUAACACGUUUUAUCCAAGUAAGGAGCCAACAAAUGACGGUGAUGAUGUAUCAGUUGCCUCGUGGGAACUACGUGUUGAAGGACGAUUGCUGGAAGAUGUGAAAGGCGAUCCCAACACAAAAAUUAAACGUAAAUUUUCUUCAUUUUUCAAAUCUCUUGUAAUUGAAUUAGAUAAAGAACUAUAUGGUCCUGAUAACCAUCUUGUUGAAUGGCAUCGCACUCACACAACACAGGAAACAGACGGAUUUCAAGUUAAACGCCCAGGUGAUCGUAAUGUGCGGUGUACUAUUCUGUUGUUGCUUGAUUAUCAGCCACUUCAAUUUAAAUUGGACCCAAGGCUUGCACGUUUACUUGGGGUUCACACACAAACACGACCAGUUAUAAUAUCUGCACUUUGGCAAUAUAUAAAGACACAUAAACUUCAAGAUGCUCAUGAACGUGAAUUUAUUAAUUGUGACAAAUAUUUAGAACAAAUAUUUGGAUGUCAAAGAAUGAAAUUCGCUGAAAUUCCACAGCGAUUAAAUCCACUACUGCAUCCCCCAGAUCCAAUAGUUAUUAACCAUUUCAUUGAAAGUGGUGCAGAAAAUAAGCAAACCGCUUGUUAUGAUAUUGAUGUUGAAGUUGACGACACUCUUAAAAAUCAAAUGAAUAAUUUUCUAAUGAGCACCGCAAGUCAGCAAGAAAUUCAAGGUCUCGAUACUAAAAUACAUGAAACUGUUGAUACCAUAAAUCAGAUGAAAACUAAUCGAGAAUUUUUCCUAAGUUUCGCUAAAGAUCCACAGUCGUUUAUACAUCGAUGGAUUGUUAGCCAAACUCGUGAUUUGAAGGCUAUGACUGAUGUUGUUGGUAAUCCAGAAGAAGAAAGAAGAGCAGAAUUUUAUUACCAGCCAUGGACUCACGAAGCCGUUUGCAGAUAUUUUUUUACAAAAGUGAAUCAGAAGCGUGCCGAAUUAGAGCAGGCUUUGGGAAUACGUAAUAAUUAAGUCUAGAUACUAUUUUCUCCUAUUUUGUAUGAUUAUUUUGUUACAAUGCAAAAUUUAAUUAGAUAUGCAAGCCACAAUUAAAAUUAUAAAUAAUUUCUGAAGGUAAAUAUUAAGAUAUUUUAUUUAAUAUAUCUAUAAACUAUACUACAGCAAGUAUAUAGAUAUUAAUACAGAAUUU